UGCAUCGUAUGACGAUCGCGGAGGAGCUUAGAGGUAGUUAAGCAGCGUCACGACACUCCACAAUUUAAGGCGGCUGCAUCGCCCUAGGAAUCUUUCCACUCACUACCAUUCAUUCGUUCAUCUUUACAUUCAUUACUUCCAAAAUGGCUAAAGGACAGGUCCUUUCUCUUCUACUCGCGCAGUGCGCAUUCUUGGCUUCAGCCGCUCCUCAUGCAUGCCCAAAGCGAUCUGCCGUCCCGUCGUUGAAUCCAUCGGCUACCUCUACAGCUCCUGUCAUAUCAUCUUCUUCCGCUACUCCCAUCGUCCGUGCCGACGCCGCAGCACCCGCCGAAUACACCGCCAACCCCAGCAUUGGCGGUGGUGGGUCUAACUUUGUCGAGUCAGCCCAUUUCCGCGUCGUCGGCGCGUCCACGUCAACCAAAGCCAACAAAACCCUCCAGCACCUCGAAGCAGCACACUCCUGCUUCGUCGAAACUUUGGGAUGGCGCACUCCUGGUCUGUCAUUCAACACUGGCGGCAUCGGCAACGAAGUUGGGCCCUGGUACAAGCUCAACGUGUACGGCAAGCAGGAGUCUGAGUUGCCCGGUGCCGCCGGUGUGCAGGGCACAGAUAUGCAGGCGGGUCUCGCCUAUCUAGAAGUUGUGGACCAAUUUCUCGAUGUGCCAGAUGUGGUAGUGCAUGAAUUCGGUCACAGCAUGCACUUGAGCGAGAAGAACUGGAUCAACCAGGGAAACACCGGGGCAUGGUGGGAGCCGAUCGCAAACUUUAUCGCCGACACAUACACCUCCACGCCAGCCUGUAGCGCAGCACGUGCUGCUCACGGUUUGUCAGGCGAGGAAGGCGACUCGAUCAUCGAGCUACAGAAGAUCAUAGGCGACAGCCACCAGGUCCUCGUCGAUGGGACCCCAGACUCCGGCAAUUACUAUCAGAGCUGGCCAUUCAUCGCAUACCUGACGAACAACCCGGACAACUACCCUAAUCUUGGAAACGACACCCUCCUCCGCAUGAUCCGCGAGUAUAAGCUCGAGUCAAACGAGACACCCCUGCAUUCGCUCGAGCGCGUACUCGGUGGAGCAUCCGGGAAUGUCACCGUGCAGCAGGUCGUUGGCCGCUACUGGGCGCAUAUGGCGUUCGUUGAUAUCGGACACCCCAAGGCACACGAAGCGUUUACUGCGCAGCGUCCCAGUCUGAAGUACGAUAACCUUGACGGUGCGAGUGGAGACUACACCGUGAAAUCCGCCCGCGCGCCGCGUUACAUGGGCGCUAACAUCAUCCCUCUGACGGCCACCGAAGCUUCUGUUGACGUGGCAAUCACGGCAGAAGAUCAGGGAUAUGCGGCUACUUUGGUGGUGUCCAAUGCAUCGGGCGUUACGUACACCGACGUUGUGUCUGGAAAGGGCAGCGUUCAGAUCGCUGAUGGUGACGAGGUGAGCUUGGUCAUUGCUAAGACGCCUGAGCUUGUCACGUACGACCCGUUCAAGAUCAGUGCCGAGUUGAACCAGGGGUUGCAGUACAGUGUGAAAAUCACCGGUGCGACUGCUUAGAGGGUUCUCUAAGAACGUGAAGGGUGAUGGCUCAUUCGGAUUGAGCGAUUUUCAGCUUCUGUAUAUACUUUAUCCUAUCGAAUCUGGCACAUAGUGCUCUACGCUACACGCUGUUUCUGUUACAGAGCAAAUGUGAAUAGAAUUAUGCUCACUCCCAACACCGACACGAGGAGAAGGGCAUGUUGUGCGAAGACAAAGUGACUAGAUGGUCCAUGACAAUUCUUCUCAGGCUUAAGAGAGCUUGCAAUAAAUCUAUUGAAAGUCCAUGAUUUCUCGACUAAAUGGAAGUAACACGUGAACGUGCGAUCGUGGAA